AGAUCGGCAUUCUACUGCGUUUCACACGCCGAUUUUUGUGUCAACUUCGGGUGUUCCAAAAUCCCAAGGGGUUGGGUCGGGUGCCAACCCCAUCCUGAACGAUGGGAUAAUCGGAUGGAUCAUAUUUAGGUUAUGCCUGCCUGUGAGUUUUGCUGAUAUCAGUUGUUUCAGUUCGUUCUUUUAUUACUUUCUCUCGUUUCCUGCCGGUAUAUAACUACUCCUACAUACAUACAUACAAAAUCCACUCUCGUUCAUUGAGAAAAAACCAAAAGGGAACAGCCUUAUAACUUCCAUUCUUUCAUUGUCCUUCAAAAUGCCUAAAGCCAGUGCCACCAAGAUCAUUUCCCUUUCAAUCCUCUCCUUCCUUACUACCGCUUCUGCCUACACCACCGCAGGCUGCUACAGCAGUGCCGGCCAGCUAACCUCAGCGGGCACAUAUCAAUUCCAAUCCGAAGGCUACUGCCAGCAAAUCUGCACGAAGCAGAACAAGCCCGUCUUUGCCCUCCACAAUGGCGACGAAUGCUACUGCGGCGACUCCCUGCCUCCUUCAACAGCGAAGGUCUCUUCCGCCCAAUGCCAGACCCCUUGCUCGGGAUUCCCUUCUGAAACUUGCGGCGGCGCCAAUGCGUGGCUAAUCAACAACUCCACCACUGUCUCGGAGUCCACCACCGACGACAAACUUGUCACAGAGCUGAAACGUGAAUCCACCGACAACGUCGAGAACGGCAUCGUGAUCGCCCCAGAGUCUGAUGACUCCGACUCGUCCUCGGGGUCCUCCAACUCCUCCCCUGAUACCAUGAAAGUCAACCCUACCAUGGUGGAAACCGGUAUCCCCAUCGCCAGCUCCGCUGCAGACGGAGGCGCAGCCAAGUCGACUGUCCCGAGCGUGAUCCUUACCGCGCCGUCCAUGACGGGUGUCACUGUUCCGGCUACUGGUGCUGCUGCGGCCUCGUCUAUGGUUGUUGCUGCCUCGUCUGCUUCCGCGUCUGCAACCGCUACUGCAUCCGGAGCGGCGAGCAGUGGUUCCGCCGCGGCGAGCCCGUCAACCAGUGCAGGUGCUGCUGCUGCUAUCGCUGGUGCUCCUGCUAGUGGGAUGAUUGGGGGUGUGGUUAUGGCGGCAGUUGUUGCGCUCGGACUGUAG